GUACCACGACAACCUUGUAGACCCGGGCACCUAGCGGGAAUCGCGAGGCAGCGGAGGAUUUGAUUUGACUUGGAAGUACACCGGAACGUUCCCGCUGCUGAUUGCGUUACCUGGAAGUCUUGCACAGCAGGUGAGACGCGAAUAGCGGGCCGGAAUGGCGCGUAGAUUCCGAUGCCCGGGCCUCGUUCCAGACGCUCCGCCGGGCUCGAGCACAGCGGGCGGGCACUGAAUGCGUUGUGAUCCGCAGAGAGCCGUGGGAGUUAUAUGAGCUCUGACGAUUCUGCUGAAACCAUCGCCAGUGGUCCGAAAAAAAGACAGGCAGUAGGAUUAAGAGUACGGUCCAGAUGAUAGACUAGACUGAGAGCGUAUCAAAUAUAUCAUCAGCCGUUGUUCUUUUGCUCUGCGAGAGAUAAUAGUAGACAUUGUUGUGGAGAUCUCGUUCGUGUAGAGACCUCGUAGCAGAGGAGUGGCAUCAUGGGACGGAAACAGGAGAACGGGGAUGGGAGAGGACUAGAGUUGAGGAGCGGUAUCCCUCUUUUUAUUCAACAGAGUAGUGCACUUCUGAAGAAGAAUGCGCUGCUAUCUUGGCGAAAUAAGCGAGCAACCUUUCUGCAAUUGGUCUCGUCGCUCUUCUUCAUAUUCCUUAUAUUUGCAGUUGAUCAGGCCAUCAAAGCUCAAACCCGGAACACAACUGGGUUUAAGAAUCUUUUCGAUCCACAACCGGAGGAGGUCACUGCGAUUCCCCCUUGUGAAGAUGGUUUCUUUAUAAAGACAGAUGGCAUAGGCUGCUGGGACUUCUUUUACACUCCAACUGGAAACGCUGAUAUUGAAAGAAUAGUUUCGGCAAUGAAGCGGAACAAUCCACUCCGCGUAAUUCCAGACAAUAAGGUUAGAGGGUUCCCGUCAAUUGACGAGGCAGAAACUUUCUUGCUUCAAAAUCCUAUGCGGUGUCCAGCUGCCGUACACUUUGACAUUAGAGCAAAUAACGUGAUCGCCUACGGAAUACAGACCAACUCAACUGCCAAACAAAUCCGAGGCAUAUAUGAGAAUGCCAAUUUCAAAUUUCAGAUUCCUGUUCAAGCUGCCGUGGAACGAGAACUCACGAGGUUCCUUACUAAUAAUGCCAAUCUCGCCUGGAACGUUUUUUUUACGGAGUUUGCUCACCCCAAUAUUGAAACAUUCUCCACUGUGGGAACUAUUGGACCUACAUUCUUGCUAGCAGCAGCAAUGUUUGGAUUUGUUAUCCAAAUGAGUAAUCUUGUCGGUGAAAAGGAGAACAAGUUGCGACAGGCGAUGUCCACGAUGGGUUUAAUGAACUCGGCAUACUGGUUAACUUGGCUUCUCUGGGAGCUUCUUCUGGGGAUCAUAUCUUCAGUACUUUUGGUUCUGUUCGGCAUGGCUUUCCAGUUCUACUUCUUCCUUAACAACGACUUCUUGGUUUUAUUCUUCAUGUUCUUUCUCUUUGCUGUGAACAUGACGGGCUUUGCAUUUUUGUUGUCAACAUUUUUAAGCAAGGCUACAUCGGCAACGAGCGUCGGGUUCUUUAUCUUUGUCGUCGGUUUCUUGACACAGCUGGUGACAGCCUUCGGAUUUCCAUAUGAUAAGCAAUUUUCAUCCGGUCUCCGGGGUCUAUGGUCAUUAUUUCCUCCAGAUUUGUUGGCCAUAGGUCUGAAGUAUCUGGGAGACGCCACGGCCACGAAGCAAGACGCGGGCAUAAGUUUUAAAGACAUAGAUAAAUGUUCCAUCGGAAACGACGAUUGUGUUUUGACCAUGAGUCAAAUAUAUAUAUGGCUAGCAGCAACGUUCGUCGUAUGGUUAUUGCUUGCCUUGUAUUUUGACAACGUACUUCCUGAUGCGAACGGCGUACGCAAACCUUGGACGUACUUUCUCCGCCCUUCUUACUGGGCUGGGAGCAGCAGCAAGGCUACCGAAGGAGGUGGAUGCUGCAGUUGUACUCAAGCUGCUCCUCCAGCUCCAGAGUUGGGUGAGUUGGAUGAUGAGGAUGUGGUCGCUGAGGAGGAUCUUGUCAAACGACAGAAGCGGGAUAUUGUAGACGAUCCAGCUGUUGCAGUUCGGAUCCAAGGGUUGCGCAAAACAUUUGCUGGCAAAACGGAGCUGAAGUGCUGUUGCAGAAUAAAGUCUACAAAGCCAUAUCAUGCUGUAAAGGAUGUUUGGUAUAAUAUCGAGAAGGACAAGCUUUUUUGUCUUCUGGGUCCGAAUGGGGCUGGAAAGACGACGACUAUUAACUGUUUGACCGGGAUUAUACCCACGACCAAUGGUGACGCCUUGAUAUACGGUGAUUCAGUUAGAAGCACAAGUGGUAUGGCUAAGAUUCGUGGUUACAUGGGAGUGUGUCCACAGUUCGAUAUUCUGUGGGAAGCACUAUCAGGACGUGAGCACUUGCACCUUUUUGGUAGCAUCAAGGGUUUACGACCGGCUGAUAUCACCUCGGGUACCGAACAACUUCUGGCCCAAGUGAAGCUUUUGGAGGCAGCUAAAGUUCGUUCGGGAAGUUACAGUGGGGGUAUGAAGCGGAGACUUAGCGUGGCCAUAGCCCUUAUUGGGGAUCCAAAAAUUGUGUUUCUUGAUGAACCGACCACUGGUAUGGAUCCGGUAACGCGGAGACAUGUUUGGGAUAUUAUAGAAUCUUCGAAGAAAGGGCGUGCUAUUGUGUUGACCACUCAUUCUAUGGAAGAAGCAGACAUAUUGGGCGAUCGAAUAGCAAUUAUGGCUCGGGGAAGACUCAGAUGUAUAGGAACCUCUAUUCACCUUAAAACUCGUUUUGGAGCUGGCUAUAUCGUCAAUGUAAGUGUUCGCAAGGAAUCGGUUGGCAACAGCCCCAUUAUGCCAGCCUCAUCUCCGAGAGGUGAAGAGCUGCGCCGAGACGAAGUCAAGCAGUUCUUCAAGGACCAAUUAGGUGUGGAAUUCAAGGACGAGACGAGAGCCUACAUCACCUUCGUAAUUCCACGUGAGAAGGACAGGGAACUAACGGACUUUUUCAAUCUGCUUGAGGAGGAGAAGGAAAGGCUGCAUAUCUCAGACGUCCAAAUCAGUCUCACCACCCUAGAAGAAGUCUUUCUUAAUAUCUCGAAGAAAGCCGAGCUCGAGAGUGCAGCUGCAGAUGGGCGCUUUGACGUGUUGACUUUGACUUCUGGUCCGGCUAUUGGCAUGUGCAUAAAUGUCCCUGUAGGUGCUCCGUUCGUCGCGGUUCCAGGCACAGAAUCAUCUGAGACACCGAACGGCAUGAUGGUGGAAAUAUAUUGGCAACAAGACGAUACGGGCUCUCUUUGCAUCGCCGGACACUCGGAUUUAAUGCCGUCACCGGCACCUUCGGCAGCCCGUCCAGCUCGGCGGAGCGGAUCUCAACGUCGUUCUUUUGGGCCUGUCGGGUCGUUCGGGCGCUCUAGUAGGAUUAUGGAGGCAGAAGUUAUACAAAUGUCGAAUAUCGAUGGCAACCGACCGGGUUCAAGGCGAAUGUCCAUGAGUUGAGCAGGCGGUUAGACGUAUGAACUUUCAACGUUCUUGUCAACUGAGAGGGUGAACUAGAUGGCACACAAAGGGGGAAUUCUAGAGCUCUUGAUCUUCUUCUUUUUAACAGUUUCUUUGCAGGGCGAUGCAACACCCGGUUGGCAACAGACAUCCCGUUCUCUCCUGUACUUUUUAUAUGAGAUAAGAACAUUAGAAUUAUCACUUGCACGAUACGGUCUUGGAAGCAGGGAAUUCCAAGUGAUAUUUUCUCGCGCUUACCCGGCCGAGUUUUGCCAGUAGCUUUGAGUGAACUCCAUUAUUUUACCCCGGGAGUACACAUAGUUUGGCCGAGAUCAUUGUUGUGGAGGUCCGCCUCAAGUGUCUUCUGCGAGGUAGCAUGUACAGCCCACCAUAUUCAUGUAGGGACAUCAAAUUCAAUUCUUUAGGCCGACGAGCCUCCUCAUAUGGGCAACAAAUGUAUCAAAGUCCUGCUCCGUUAAGACCUUUAAUGGGAUCGUGAUACGAGCC